UUACACUCCUGAACACUAGGUGGCAGUAUGCCAUUGUUAUCAAAUACAAUUGUCAGGCAAAGAAGAAAGCCUUCACAGUAGUCUCAGCGCACGGUUCCAUGGUCAACACAUUUUCUCAAGAAGACCGCGUCUAAAAUUCUUUUCACAAUGUCACAUACCAUCCUGUUGGUUCAGCCCACCAAAAGGCCUGAGGGGAGGACAUAUGCGGACUACGAGUCUGUAAACGAGUGCAUGGAAGGUGUGUGUAAAAUGUACGAGGAGCAUUUAAAGAGGAUGAAUCCCAACAGUCCAUCAAUCACAUACGACAUUAGUCAACUGUUUGAUUUCAUAGAUGAUCUGGCGGACCUCAGCUGUUUGGUGUACCGGGCGGAUACACAGACGUACCAGCCCUAUAACAAAGACUGGAUAAAAGAGAAGAUCUAUGUGCUGCUGCGACGUCAGGCCCAGCAAGCUGGAAAAUGAGGCUCUGCCGACCGAGUCACCAGGAUUGGGAUAGGACUGCAGUGAGAAGAUGUUAAGAAGGCUAUAGACAUUGGCCUCUUGUAUUUUGUCAGCCAUUGUUGAGUUUUUUGAAAUUGUGUUGUUUAAAGAGGGCUUUUAUUUGUUUUCUUGAAACAUGGGGUAUAUGUUUCUUUGCUUUAACAUUUUAUAUUUAACAAACAUCCCUGUACCGAUGGCCAAUUUUGCCGUUUGAGUAAAUAAAUUAGUCUUACAUUUUG